AUGGAUACUUCGUCCGCUCUAUCCCGUAUCGAUACCUUGAUAUCAGAUAUGCCAAUGGAUGAGGACAGUAAGAGCGCAGUACCAUGCGACAGAUUGAGCACUUUGCCAGAUGAGCUGCUACUCCGCAUCUUCGAGGCGGUCGGCUGCAUAUCCAGGCGCGACCUUUGCAACGUAUCGCGCGUCAACAAGAGAUGUCACCGCCUCAGUGACGCUGUUCUGUACAAAAGCAUUCUGUUCGAGACUCCUGAAUUCCACCUCACAUUCAGCGAGUCGUUAAGCCGUCGACCGCGUCGUGGCUCAUCCAUUUAUGAAGUCAAACCCGCGUAUCCCUCUUCAGAGCUAUCGCAACUGGCGCUUGACGCGCCCGUCCAUGGUUCAUAUCUCGAUCCAAAGACCUCAGACACCCUCUCGCGGACGUUGUCGAUCAUGUCAAAUUUGGAGAAGCUCGAGAUAUCGGUUCCCGAUGUGCUCUUACACGGUAUCGGUACCUUGUUCAACGGACCUUUCGACCUUACCUGCUUAAAGACCUGUUCACUAUUCUAUCAGUGCGCUAACGAUGCUUACUGGGACCUGCGCGAAAACAUACAUAUCUUUGCACACCCCACACUGGAAACCUUGACAAUUCGUAGAGCCAAGUUAGACGAGAAGGGUUUCGAUCACAUUGAGCGGCCGCACAUGACAGCACUGAAGCAGCUGCACCUGAUCGAAUGCGACAUCAACGACGAUUCUCUUGGAGAUCUACUCGAACUACCCGAGGCGCUCGAAGAAUUUGUCAUGACGCAAGCGGAGGUGCCGGAGCCAGACCUGGAGGAAAGCUCCGAUAACGUUGGAGACUACAUAUUGGCUGCGCAAUCACAAGCCGAAUUCUUAAAGAGCAUCACUAUCGAUCACCCAACGCUUACCGGUCGCAAGGUGCUACGUAUGAGAGAGUUUGCGGCGCUUAAGACAUUACGUCUGAAUUGGGAUUACCAGCUAUUUGGAAAGUCGUCUAAGAAGCCUCGUCUUCAUUCCGUCGGUCUUCCGCCGGUGAUGGAAACGCUUGAGUUUUUCAACGAGCUGGGAAGCGAUACCGAAGUUACGGACCUUCUGCUAGCCACCAUUGAGCAGAGAGACAUUGUUGCAAGGAAUUGGAAAACUAUGGUGGUGGUUGAGGGCGAAGAGGGAGUAUCAAAGGAAACCAAAGAUGCUUGCAAGACAGCGGGGUUGAAAUUAGACAUUAUUGGGGCUAUGGAAGAUGAUUCCGAGUUGGACGACGAUGCAGACAUGGAGGAAGACUCUGAAUCAGAAAGCGAAUAG